AUGGGCUCGAUCGAUCGCAUCACCGAGAACUUGGAGAAGCCGGAAAUCGAUGACCGAUCGUACCGCGUGGUUCGCCUGCCCAACAAGUUGGAGGCACUUCUGGUUCACGACCCGGAGACCGAUAAAGCCAGCGCGGCGCUGAACGUAAAUGCCGGCAACUUCUCCGACCCGGAUGAUUUGCCCGGUAUUGGUCAUGCUUUAGAGCACAUGCUGUUCAUGGGAACGGAAAAGUAUCCCAAAGAGAACGCAUACAACCAAUACCUAGCGGCCCAUUCGGGCUCGUCAAACGCCUACACCGCUGCUACCGAGACCAACUACUUCUUCGAAGUGUCUGCCACUUCGACAUCGAGUGACGCGUCUUCCAGUGGCACAUCUACCCCCAGCGCGGCGAAUGGCACGACUUCCACUUCCGAUGUCAGCACCGCCGGCCCGUCGCCCUUGUAUGGCGCUUUGGAUCGAUUCGCACAGUUUUUCGUGUCACCUCUAUUUUUGGAAUCGACCCUGGAUCGUGAGCUGAGAGCGGUGGACUCCGAAAACAAGAAGAACCUGCAGAGCGACUUGUGGCGUCUGAUGCAACUCAACAAGUCCCUGUCGAAUCCCGCUCACCCAUACCACCACUUCUCCACCGGCAACCUGCAGACGCUGAAAGAGGAGCCGCAGAAACGCGGCGUCGACGUUCGCAGCGAAUUUAUCAAGUUCUACGAGAAGCACUAUUCGGCCAACCGGAUGAAGCUGGUGGUGCUCGGACGAGAGUCCCUGGACGAGAUGGAGCAGUGGGUUGGGGAGUUGUUUGCCGGAGUCAAGAACAAGGAUCUACCACAGAACCGCUGGGAUCACGUGCAGCCGUGGUUGCCCAGCGAUAUGUGUAAGCAGAUCUUCGCCAAGCCCGUCAUGGACAGCCGCUCCAUUGACAUCUUCUUCCCCUUCCUUGACGAGGAGUUUUUGUACGAGUCGCAGCCGAGCCGGUACAUCAGCCACUUGAUCGGCCACGAAGGACCGGGUAGUAUCUUGGCGUAUGUGAAGGCCAAGGGCUGGGCCAACGGUCUUUCCGCCGGAGUGAUGCCCAUCUGCCCCGGUUCUGCCUUUUUCACCGUGUCGAUUCGUCUGACGCAGGAGGGAUUGAACCAGUACCGCGAAGUUGCCAAGGUGGUGUUUGAGUAUAUCGCCAUGCUGAAAGAGCGGGAGCCGGAACAGUGGAUCUUCGACGAAUCCAAGAACCUGGCAGAGGUGGAGUUCCGAUUCAAGCAGAAGUCUCCCGCCAGUCGCUUCACAAGCCGUCUGAGCAGCGUCAUGCAGAAGCAGCUCCCCAGAGAGUGGCUUCUUAGCGGCUCGCUAUUCCGCAAGUUUGACCCCGAGUUGAUCAAGAAGGCCCUUUCGUAUUUCCGCGCCGAUAACUUCCGCAUGAUCAUCGUCUCGCAGGACAUCCCUGGAGACUGGGACUGUAAGGAGAAAUGGUACGGAACGGAAUACAAGGUUGAAGACGUGCCUCAAGACUUCAUGGCCAGCAUCCACGAGGCGCUGGCGACCACCCCCGAGAAGCGACUGUCCGCACUGCACAUGCCGCACAAGAACGAAUUCGUUCCUACCAGGCUCUCGGUGGAGAAAAAGGAGGUAUCCGAAUGCGCCAAAACGCCCAAGCUCAUUCGCCACGAUGACCACGUUCGCCUGUGGUUCAAGAAGGACGAUCAGUUCUGGGUGCCCAAGGCCACCGUUCAUAUCACGCUCCGGAAUCCCUUGGUGUGGACCACGCCGGCUAACCUUGUGAAAGCCAAAUUCUACUGCGAGCUCGUUCGAGAUGCGCUCGUGGAGUACUCCUACGACGCCGAACUUGCCGGCCUAGAUUACCAUCUGUCCGCCAGCAUCUUUGGGUUGGACGUUUCGGUGGGCGGUUACAACGAUAAGAUGGCCGUGCUCCUAGAAAAGGUGCUGACUAGCAUGCGGGACUUGGAAAUCAAGCAAGACCGGUUUGAUGUUAUCAAGGAGCGUCUGACCCGCGCCUAUAAGAACGCCGAGUAUCAACAGCCGUUUUAUCAGGUCGGAGAUUACACCCGGUAUCUGACUGCUGAGAAGACAUGGAUCAACGAACAGUACGCGGCCGAGUUGGAGCACAUCGAAGCCAAGGACAUCGCCUGUUUCUACCCUCAGUUGCUCAGUCAAAACCAUAUCGAGAUUCUUGCCCACGGCAACUUGUACAAGGAGGAUGCUUUGCGCAUGACCGACUCCGUCGAGACCAUCCUUCAGAGCCGCAUCCUGCCCCAGUCGCAGUGGCACGUGAGGCGCAACAUGAUCAUUCCUCCGGGAUCCAACUACGUUUAUGAGCGCACGCUCAAGGACCCGGCCAACGUGAACCACUGCAUCGAAUACUAUCUCUUCAUGGGUGACAUCACCGACAAGGUUCUCCGGGCGAAGCUGCUGCUGUUUUCCCAGAUGACGGACGAGCCGGCAUUUGACCAGCUUCGAAGCAAGGAGCAGCUUGGCUACGUCGUCUGGAGCGGUGCGCGUUAUUCUGCCACCACCGCUGGUUACCGGGUCAUCAUUCAGAGCGAGCGCACCGCGCAGUACCUGGAGUCGCGUAUCGAUGCCUUCCUCGGCAACUUCGGGCGUGAUCUGGAGCGGAUGACGGACGACGAAUUCGAAGGCCACAAGCGCAGCGUCAUCAACAAGCGCCUCGAGAAAUUGAAGAACCUGAGCUCUGAGACCAACCGUUUCUGGACCCACAUCGGCUCUGAGUAUUUCGACUUUGUGCAGAACGAGUCCGACGCCGCCAACGUGAGGGCUCUGUCCAAGGACGAACUCGUGCAGUUCUUCCACCAGUACGUCAACCCCGAAUCUCCCACUCGGGCCAAGGUUGCGAUUCACCUCAAGGCGCAGAGCGGUCCCUACGUGGACGGCGCGGAAUCUGGUGAACCCAAGACUCGCUUGGUGUCUGCUCUUGGCAAGCAGCUGGAGGCCGCUGGAUUUGCGGUCGACUCGGACCGUCUGUCUGCUGCGUUUGCCAAGCUCGAGGUAUCGCCGGGAGCGGAGAGCCAGAUUCUCGACACUCUCAAGACCUUCCUGGGCUCCGAAAUGAGCCUGUCCGAGCAGCAGAUCGAGCCCGUUCUCAAACAGGCAGAGCAGAACUUGGGCGUGCACCUGAAGCAGCUCGGCCUUGAAGAACCGACGACCAACGGAGAAGCCAAGGCUGGCGAAGCUCAGCACCCGACCUACAUUACCAACGUGCCCGAGUACAAGGCGCGUCUGGCCGUUAGUGCCGGGCCCAGCCCGCUCACCGAUCUGAGUGAAUUUGAAGACUUUGAUGCGAAACUUUGA